CGAGGCUCGCGCCGCGGGCCGCCGCACGCGCAUGCGCGGUUAGGAGUCGCUGCUGGGCGGCCGCGGGCGGGAUUGGUCUGGGGAGUCGCGGGGACUUGGUGGCAGUGACUCGGACACCAGAGCUGCCACUGCCGAAAACAGGCCCGCAAGACAGUUAUAUAGGUCAGAAGCCUGAUACAGGUCACACUGAGCUAACAUCAAGGUGUCAACAGGGCAUCAUUUCUUACUGGAAGAUCUGGGGAGACUCCACUUCCUUGCUCAUUCAGAUAAUCAAUAUGUAUUUCCAAAGCUCUUGGCUGUGUUUGGGUCUCCUAUUCGUCUCAGUUAAUGCAGAAUUUGUAGAUGGUGGUGUUGAGGUGGAAGACUUGGGGGGAAAUUCAGAAGAGACUGAGAAUGAAGGGGAGCUCUCCUCAGAGAUUAAAUAUAAGACACCACAGCCUGUAGGAGAAGUAUAUUUUACAGAAACUUUUGAUAGUGGAAGAUUGGCUGGGUGGGUCUUAUCAAAAGCAAAGAAAGGUGAUACAGAUGUGGAGAUUUCUAUAUAUGAUGGAAGAUGGGAAAUAGAAGAAUUGAAAGAAAACCGAGCACCUGGUGACAGGGGACUGGUGUUGAAAUCUAGAGCAAAACAUCAUGCAAUAUCUACUGUAUUAGCAAAACCCUUCAUUUUUGCUGACAAACCUUUGAUACUUCAAUAUGAAGUAAAUUUUCAAGAUGGUAUUGAUUGUGGAGGUGCAUACAUUAAACUCCUAGCAGACAUUGAUGGUUUGAAUCUGGAAAACUUUUAUGAUAAAACGUCCUAUACCAUUAUGUUUGGACCAGAUAAAUGUGGAGAAGAUUAUAAACUUCAUUUUAUCAUCAGACAUAAACAUCUCAAAACUGGAGUUUUUGAAGAGAAACAUGCCAAGCCUCCAGAUGUAGACCUUAAACAGUUCUUUACAGACAGGAAAACUCAUCUUUAUACCCUCGUGAUGAAUCCAGAUGACACAUUUGAAGUAUUAAUUGAUCAAAUAGUUGUAAACAAAGGAAGCCUACUAGAGGAUGUGGUUCCUCCUAUCAAUCCUCCCAAAGAAAUUGAAGAUCCCAAUGAUGAGAAACCUGAUGACUGGGAUGAGAGAGCAAAGAUCCCUGAUCCUUCUGCCAUCAAACCAGAAGACUGGGAUGAAAGUGAACCUGCCCAAAUAGAAGAUUUAAGUGUUGCUAAACCUGAUGGCUGGCUGGACGAUGAACCAAAGUUUAUUCCAGAUCCUAAUGCUGAAAAACCUGAUGACUGGAAUGAAGACAUGGAUGGAGAAUGGGAGGCACCUCGUAUUUCUAAUCCAGCAUGUCGGAUAGGGUGUGGUGAGUGGAAACCUCCCAUGAUAGAUAACCCAAAAUACAAGGGAGUAUGGAGACCUCCAAUGAUAGAUAAUCCUAAUUACCAGGGAAUUUGGAGUCCUCGAAAAAUUCCUAAUCCAGAUUAUUUUGAAGAUGACCAUCCAUUUCUUCUGACUUCUUUCCAUGCUCUUGGUUUAGAGCUUUGGUCUAUGACCUCUGAUAUCUACUUUGAUAAUUUUAUUAUCUGUUCGGAAAAGGAAGUAGCAGAUCGCUGGGCUGCCGACGGCUGGGGAGUGAAAAUAAUGAUAGCAAAUGCUAAUGAGCCUGGUAUAUUUAAACAGUUAAUAGCAGCUGCUGAAGAUCGCCCAUGGCUUUGGUUUGUUUAUCUUGUGACAGCAGGACUUCCAAUGGCAUUAAUUAUUUCAUUUUGUUGGCCAAGAAAAGUAAAGAAAAAAUAUGAGGAUGCAGAUUAUAAAAAAACUGACAUAUGUAAACCACAAACAAAGGGAGCGCUAGAGCAAGAAGUGAAAGAAGAGAAAGCAGCCCUGGAGAAACCAGUGGAUUUGGUAGAAGAAAAACAGCAAAGUGAUGGUGAAAUUCUUGAAAAAGAAGAAGAAGGUGAGCCUGAAGAAAAGAGUGAAGAAGAAAUCGAAGUCAUAGAAGGACAGGAAGAAAGUAAUAAAUCAAAUAAGUCUGGAUCAGAGGAUGAGAUGAAGGAAGCAGAUGAGAGCACAGGAUCUGGAGAUGGGCCAGUAAAGCUACUACGCAAAAGACGAGUGCGGAAGGAGUAAACUAUAUUUAAGUGUUUUUAAUUCCUGAAGAGAAUUAAAAUUUCUAAAAUCAGUGUGCCAGAACUGAACUGGAAUCAAUCUGCACACCCUGUUUCUAAUAUCUUAGCAAUGUUAUUCUUUCAGACAUCUAUUUUAGCCUUUUCAGGAAAGAAAGAACCUGGAAGUUACCUGAUCUUUGAAUAUGGAAGAAAAGGAAAGUGGCACAUUACAUGUCAGAUUUAAGAGAUUAAUAUCAUUAGAAGUUACAGUUUUAAUAGUUUGGAGAAAGUUUUGGUUUUGUACAGAGCAAAAUAAUAUGCAGCAGCUUCCCUGCUAUUGGCAACAUCAGUUAUUGGAAUUUCCUCUUAAACAGCUCAACUACAAUAUAACUGGUAGUUCUACAAUAAGUGUCUGUUGUACAGAGCUAAAUGCAAUAAAGCUUCUGUAUGGUUGUUUAAUUGUAUCAACAAUUGAAAGUGUUGUAUAUGACCCACAUUUACCUAGUUUGUGUCAAAUUAUUGUUAUGGCCGGCUCACUUAAAUUACAGAUUCCUUUAAAGAGGUGCUUUUUGACAGACAAGUCAACACAACAGAAAUGCCUAUGAGGUCAUUCAUAGAAUCACUGGUUACUAGUGCAGCAUAUUUUACAUUUGAAUAAAAAUAGGUGUAUCAAAACAAGAUUUUUUUCAAGCUUUUAUAGUUGUUUUUAUGCCAGAAUGGUUUACCUUACUCAUAAUAUUGCUUAUGUAUACGUUGCUCUUGAAAAUAUAAUUUAAAUAUUUUUAAUUUAUACUCUUUAAUAAGUAAAUUAUUGUUGGGGGGGGGCUUUAAACUAUUUUAUUUGAUCACUAAGAGAUUCUAAUGGAUGAUAGAUAUCAUCAUGCUUUGUAUUUUUGUCUUGUUUUUUUCCUGACAAAUUGAAAUCUAUUUUAAGUCUAUUCUCCCAUGUAGCUCCAAAGCUGUCUCUAAGGUAGAUAGCAGCAACUAUUACGAUUGCACCUCUUUUUAAAGUACAGUAGUUACCAAAAAUCACAGGACAUUAUAAUGGAGCUGUGGUGUUCCAUUUAAAAUAUUUUACGUUUUUAUGUUUGGAUAACACAUUAGACCCUUUGCAAAGUGAUCUAAAUCUUUAAGACCACAAAACUAAUACUAUCUAGAGCACUUGAUACUAGUUGGGUAAUAUUUUGGAUUCCGUCAUGAAUAUAUACACCCCAUCUUUGGGCAAGCACCAAGUUCCCAUACAGCCUCCUCCCCAAUAGUACACGUAGAGUGUAUGUAUGAGGAAAAUAGCCUUGAGUGUCUCCUUUUACCAAAGGAAGCCAAACAUAGCCAGUAAUACUGUGCACUCCUUAGUUCAGAGUGAAUUGAAAACGAAAAUAGGUUCUUUAUUCCAUUGAAGUGUUGUUCUGAACUUUCAUACAUUGGUGGUGGCAAUCUUAAUACAAGUUAACCAUCUUUGUAUUUAUUUACUACUAACUGAACCUAACACAUCUUGCAAGGACUCCCUUUCUUGCUUUGUAUUUGGGAUGUCUAAGUGAACUAGACAUAUUGAAUUAUUCUAGAUGAGAAUGUUUCUGAAAGUAAACUUCAGGAGUAAGUCAUUUAAUUUUAUAGAAACCUUGCCUGACAGGUAGCUUGUAUGUGAACAUUUUUCUAAAGAUUUAUUAAAGCUAUUUUUACUUUC